AUGCUUUCCGCCACGCUGAUUGUGCUUUUAGUUUUAUUCAGUCUGGCAGAAAGCAAACAGAAAGACUUUUAUACUUUCAAAGUUGUGAACAGUAGAGGGAAGUUAGUGUCUCUUGAAAAAUACAGGGGUUCGGUGUCCCUGGUUGUGAAUGUGGCCAGUGAAUGUGGCUUCACUGAGGAACACUACAUAGGUCUUCAGAAACUGCAACGCGACUUUGGGCCAUUUCACUUCAAUGUCCUGGCGUUCCCCUGCAACCAGUUCGGGCAGCAGGAACCCGGCAGUGACAAAGAGAUAGAUAGCUUUGUUCGCAGAGUCUAUGGAGUCUCAUUUCCCUUGUUUAGUAAAAUCGCUGUUGUAGGAUUGGGAGCCAACAAUGUGUAUAAAUACCUUAUCGAGGCCUCUGGCAAAGAGCCAGACUGGAAUUUCUGGAAAUACCUUAUUGAUGUCGAUGGCAAAGUGGUGGAUGCGUGGGGACCCAAGGUUUCUGUCGAAGAUAUACGACCAAAAGUAGCUGAAAUGGUGCGGCAGAUCAUUCUAAAGAAGAAAGAGGAGUUGUAA